AUGUUGAUAUUUGUGAUUGUCUCUUUCGUCCAGUGUCUUCAAGAAUAUGAAAUCCUUAUAGGAUAUCCUCAAAUAAUAGAGUAUUAUUCAACUCCAGGGAUAAUAGUCGAAUAAAAUCUCACAUCAACAUCAGAAAUCGAUUUAACUACUUUUCCUUGUUAAGUUAUGCCAUAGCAACUAAUCAAUCAAAAUAUGUUAGAUUAAUCAUUGCCUAUCAUUCCGUAAUAUUUGGCAGAAUAAUUUUCAUAAUAUUUUGAUGAUGGACAUUUUUUAGGAUUGAUUCCUCAUAUAAUAUCAUUUGUCAACAUUGAAAAUGAUGUAGCAAUUUUAACAAAUCAAGCUGAACUUAUAUACAUUCGAUUUCUAAAUGAAACUUUUAUUGUCUCAGACAAAAAGAAUCUCAACAUAAAUUUGACCAUACUAUAAUAUCCUAUUUUUAUGGAAAUAAUAAAAAAUCAGCUCAUAAUUAUAAUGUAUUCAGACACUGUUGGUAUAACUUUAGAUGUAAAUUCUACAAAAAUAUUUUCAAAAUCUUUUCGAAUUUAUGAAUCAUUUAAUACUAGUAAAAUCUCGAGUGUAGCUGUUGUUAAUAAUAUGUUAUUUAUUGCUAUGGGUGUUGGAGGUUUAAAAAUAUUCCAAUUAUCAGGAUAAAUAUUAGGUUCAAUUGAUUUUGGNGCAAAUAUUCUUAGAAAUUAUCAAAAAAGUUGA